AUGUCAGCGAUUGGCUCUCUUAUUUUUUGCACAGAUUGUGGUAAUCUGCUGCGUGAAUCUACCGGAGACGAGAAUGCGAUCCUGCAUUGCACCGUUUGUGGAGCGCGGAACAAGGAUAUUAUUCCACAAACCAUCGUUUCCGAGUCUAAGCCCUCUGCAUUCCCUUCGGCUCUGAGAUCUAAGCGCUCUGCGGUUCAAACGUUAUCGGCAGAAGAUCGCAAGACCGAGGCAGUUACCAACCACCUGUGCGGCAAAUGCGGGAGGACAGAGAUGUUCUUCACCACCGUUCAGCUUCGUAGUGCGGAUGAGGGUAGUACCGUGUUCUACCGCUGUGUGUGCGGUUAUAAGGAAACCUCGAACAAUUAG